CGCAAGAGCGGCAGCCGUGUGGCGGCGUGCUUCAGCGUGGUGGCGUCGAGGCGCGCGUUUACCGCUAUUUACCGCCAUAACCUCGCGUCGUUCGCGCUCUGCAACGCAGGAUGUCGUCGUGUACGGACUUGUUGCGCCUGAACGAGAAGGGUCUGUUCAAGGAUAUCAAGGAGAACCUGACGAGCGGCGCCAAAGAGACGCGAAAUAUCCUCGAGAUACGUGACAACGUUCUGUACGUGUGGAACGGCGACAAGUGCUGCGUGCUCACGCUCAACGUCGCAGUGACCCGCGGCAAGCUCGGCGAGGAUGUCCCGUAUCAGACGCUACAACCAACGGAUCCGCCAAUAUUUGAGGUCACAAAUGUACUGAUAAACGAGACAGCAACGCAAUUGGCGUUAUGGGGCAAACUGGGUAUCGCUCUCAUGGAAUUACCGAAGCGAUGGGGCAAGGACGCCGUUUACGAAGGCGGUAAAGAAGAGAUUCUUUGCACAAACUAUAAUUUUGGCGACUUUGAAGCAACCACGGAGAUUCAACGAGCGCGAUGGCAUCCAGGUUCUACGAACGACUCUCAUCUGUUGGUUUUGACAUCUGAAAAUUCUUUUCGUUUAUAUGAGUGCGAAUUGGGCAAUGCACCAAGACUCGUAAAAUGCUGGAAGGUCGGCCGCGUGCCAUCGAGCUCGCCCUCGAAGAUUCCGGACUUUACGUCUCUCGGCGAAACUGCAGUGGACUUUGAUUUCGCCACUCCUACCCUGAGAAAACCGGAAAUGUUCACCGAUAAAAGCCCUGACAAGAUAAAGGAAACGGUAGACUGGAAUCAGAUCGAAUGGCCGAUCUUAGUGCUGCGUGGAAACGGCGAAGUAUUGAUCGUUCGUGGGAAUGUUUUAUUGGAGAACUAUGAAAAUCCAGUGGUAUUGGGUUCACUGUCCAUGUAUCCGUCGACCGAUGAUAAUUACGGGAUAGAUUCAUGCUCUAUCAUGUGCCUGCAAACUACCCCGCCGAUAGUGAUCAUCGCCAUGUGCACCGGAAAGAUUUAUCACGCGAUACUGCUGCGCGAAAUAUUGGACAACGACGAUGAUGACAGAAAGACUUGGUCACAAUAUGGUUCAAACUACAGUCUUCAUACACCGGACGAUGCACUUUACGUCUACGAGUGUGUCGAACUAGAACUGGGUCUUCUCUUUACGGAUGAAGAUAAAAAAUAUAAUUGUCCCAUUCAUCUUCAUUGCGACAAGGGCAACAAAUCGAGAUAUUUUUGCUCUCACAAUGCUGGGAUUCAUAUGGUGAGUUUGCCGAUGGUUUCUCAAUUGGAAGAGUUUAUUUAUGAUAACGAUGGGAAUUAUUUACCAUCUUUAUUAAAUCAAUCAAUUCUACAAUAUCUAUUUUCUACGAGAACCAAGCACACGAAUGUAGAUGAAGCUACGCCGAUACUCGGUUUUGGUCUUCUCCAAGAACCCUGUGUUCUAAUUGCAUUGCUACACACAGGCGUUGUCAUCGAUCUUUCAGUUAUAGAUCUUUAUUAUCUUCCAAGGAUCGAGCAACUAGAACCCAUCACGAAUACUAUGAAAAGGGUAAACAAGGAACCAUUCGACGUAUACAUUAAGAAAUUACUGAGACGCGAGGUAUCGCAACCAAUAACUAAGAUAGGAUCUCACUCGAUGUCCUUAAGCGAAUCCUUAGAGUUGUUAUAUCAUGCCACGAAUAUCUUUCGUACUCAGCAUUUCGUUCGACAUGAUAAAGUCCGGGAAGAAAUUAGUAAAAAAGUUCGCGCUUUAAAAGCUUUGAAAAGCCAUCUGUUAAAAGAACUCGAUACUUUGAUGGAGACGAAAAAAGAAUUGCGACAAACCGCCGAGCGUUUAGCCGAACGAUAUGAAGAUAUUAAUGAUAAACAGAAAGAAUUGGCACGUAGAGCAGAGGAAGUUCUAAGAUUGGUAAAUUACAAAGAACCCUCAAUGACGUCUUUCGAGCGAGCAGAGGCAGAAGAAUUGAAGAAAAUGGAUAUAAAGAUACACGAUAUGCAGAUCCGACUUGAACAACUCAAGAAAAAGUCUGCGCAACAAACUGUACAUGCAAACGGUAUUGAAUCCAAUGAGAAGAGGAAAGAAAUUGUUUUCACACGCAACCAAGAAGAAGCAGCAAAAGAGAAUCUUCAUCAGAUGGCGAAAAAUAUAAAGAAUUUAGUAGAUCACGUAAAACAGAUUAAAGCAGAAAUUAGUCUUUCAUAUAUUAGCAAACAGUAAUAGCAAAUCUUAUCUAAAUUAGUAAUUUUAUAUUCCAUUUUACAAACUUGUGUAUAAUAAAAGACAAAUUUUAUUUGUUAAAUUUUUUGUGGUCCUAUACCUUUAAGAUUUCUAAUUAAUGUACAAGUUACUUAAUCUUUUUAUAUUUAAUUACUUUAUCAAGAUGAAUCUGCCAAGAUAAAACAUGCCUAUGUAUAUGAUGUAUGUAUAUUACAAUAUGUAUGAUGUAUGUGUAUGAUAUAACUAAAAGAUUUUAAUAAAAAUAUUUUCUUUAUUAA